AACUUUGGAGGUUAAUAACUUUUGAUUUAGAAAAAAAAAAAAAAAGAAGGAAAAGAACAAGUAAACAAUUUUCCAGUCGGCUCUCUCACAUUGCUCUCCUUCCAGUUCCAUAUACGAGUUUACAAACCCGCCACUGCAGCCGCCGGCUCUCCGCCGCUCCCCUCCCUCACUCGUAUAACCAAGGCAGCCAAGAAGAUGGAACCGGAACAAAUGGCGGAUAGGCCUGUAAUGGAAAUUGAAUAUGGUUCUAUCAUACCCUUCAGUCGGAAAAGAAAGGCUGAUCCAACAGCCGAUGGCAAUAACGAUAGUCGGCGAGCAACGCUCAUGAAAAGAAUUAAAUUGUCUUUGACAAAGCCAUCGUUUGUUCUGGGGCUUGCUCCGAAGAUGGUGAGGGCAGAAAAUCGAAUUACGUUGCGGAAUGCCUUGCACAAACUUAUGAGGCAGCAAAACUGGGUGGAAGCAAGUGGAGUAUUGAGCAUGUUACUGCAAGGGACUUUGCGGGAUAAUUCUCCUAUUAGGAAUCGUUUGAAGUAUUCGGCUUCAAUGGAGCUUCUUAAGCAUAUAGAAGGAGAUCGUAUGAGGCCAGAUAGGAUCAGGCACAUUUAUGACAUUUGGAUGAAGAAGAAUGGAUCACUGAAGCAUUGGCCCAUUGAGGACAGAUUUAUGGUCCAGUUGGAAUACAUUCUUUUCUGCCUUGAAGAAGGAAAAAUGGAGGAUGCACAUCAGGAGACUUUAAGCCUCAUGCAAAUGCCUGAAUCUGCGAAUGAUCCAAUGUCAAAUAUGAUUAUAGGAUUGACAUUUAGGCAGCUGUGGUUCUCUACCAUUCCAGAAGAGAUUCAGUGGAGGGACUCUCUCCAGUUGCGCUCUCCAAUUCAUUCAGACGGGAUGAUUUUGAACUCAGAUGGAUGUUCCAUAAGCAACUCUCAUGGUGUUGGUGCUUUGUCUUGGAGUAACACAGAGAGUUCUGUCAUGAAUGAUAAAGUAGUUCACGUAGAUAUUGAAGGACACACUGAAGCUUCUUUAGAUGUUGAUCAUAAGAUUCAUAACAUAAAAGUGGAAAAUCAUCCUCUGAACUUUGAGGCACAAGAUUUUUGUGUUAGUUCUGCCGAAAAAGAUGAAAAUGAAGCUUCUUUCUCAGACAAUGGAGGUUAUCAGCACUACGUUUCAAUUUUCUCUGCUCUUGAGGGAUUGGAUCCACUAUUGUUACCUCUACAAUUACCACCUUCCAUUGAGAAUUGGGAGAAUGCCAUUAGUCUAUGUGGUGAGUUUCUGAAUGACUAUUAUAAGGAUGCAGUGAAGCAUCUAGGCCUUGCUCUUAACUCAAAUCCUCCAAUAUUGGUUGCCUUACUUCCUCUUAUACAGUUGUUGUUGAUUGGAGGUCGAAUUGAUAAAGCACUUGAUGAAAUGGAAAAAUUCUGUCUUGAUUCAAAUGCAGCACUUCCCUUCAGAUUGAGGGCUGCACUUGUGGAACAUUUUGAUCGUAGUAACAAUGUCUUGCUUUCAACUUGUUAUGAGCAAACAUUGAAGAAGGAUCCAACUUGUUAUCAUUCAAUGGGAAAACUUGUUCAAAUGCAUAGAAAUGGCAAUUACAAUCUUGAAUCUCUAUUGGAAAUGAUAGCUUUGCACUUGGAUGGUACAUAUCCUGAAUAUGAUACAUGGAGAGAGCUAGCUGUGUGUUUUCUGAAACUUCAUCAAUCUGAGGAGGAUAGAGUAUCAACAGCGUGUUCAAUUGGGACUGGCGGGCAUAAGCUGGUGUCCUCAUUGAAGAUUAACAGUAACAUUAAGUUGUUAACUGAAAAGAACUCGAGAAACACUUGGAGAUUGCGUUGUCGAUGGUGGUUGACACGCCACUUCGGCCAUGAAAUAACACCAGAGUCUUCAGUUGUAGGUAAUUUGGAGCUGCUGACUUACAAAGCGGCAUGCGGAUGUCAUUUGUAUGGAAACAAUUUCAAGUAUGCGGUAGAUGUGUACAACCUUUUAGAUAAGCAAAACGAUAGGGACUUGUUUUUGUUCUUAAAGAGGCACAUGAAAAAUGCGUUUGGACUCCGUUCUAAAUUAUAAUUAUGAGUUUUCUUUCCCAAAA